CAAAGUUGACAUCUGUCAGAGAGUUGAAUUAUUUGCUUGCAGCAGUGACUUUCAAAAUUUUAAAUUAAUAAUUGAAAAGAAUAACAACAGGCAUUAAAACAAUGGCCGCAUCAGUAGUAGACACUUACACUGACCCCAGCAUGAGCUGGAUGAAUGCUCCUCACAGUACGGGAACCUCAAUCAUGGCCUGUGAGUUUGAUGGCGGAGUUGUGAUUGGUGCCGACUCCCGUACAACAACCGGCGCCUACAUAGCUAACAGAGUAACGGACAAGCUGACAAAGAUCACUGACUACAUAUAUUGUUGUCGUUCGGGAUCAGCUGCAGACACGCAAGCUAUUGCUGAUAUUGUAACUUAUCAUCUCAAUUUCCAUAGGAUGGAAUUGGGUGAGCCUCCACUAGUGGAAACUGCAGCAGCAAUAUUUCGUGAACUCUGCUAUAACUACCGAGACUCACUUGUAGCUGGAAUCCUUGUUGCUGGUUGGGAUAAGAAUAAAGGAGGACAAAUUUAUUCUGUACCCAUUGGAGGUAUGGUUCAGAGACAAGCAGUAUCUAUUGGUGGUUCAGGAUCAUCUUAUGUUUAUGGUUAUGUUGAUGCUAACUUUAAGCCUAAAAUGAGCAAAGAAGAAGCUGUCAAGUUUGUUACUAACACUCUGACCCUGGCUAUGUUGAGGGAUGGUUCCUCAGGAGGUGUUGUAAGGCUUGGAGUGAUAUCAGAGGCUGGUGUUGAGCGAUCAGUUAUCCUUGGAGAUCAACUACCAAAAUACUAUGAAGGUUAAUUUUUGUAUGAAUAAAUUUUUAAGCAUA